AUGUCAGACCAAAAAAACCCCAACACCGCACCACAAGCAACCCCUCUACCCCCAGUCCGCCUCAUAACAACAGGUCACACCAACGACGGCACCUCAAUCUUCACAUCCGACGCCGUCCUCCCGCCAUUCCACCCCUUCGGCCCCCAAGCGAGCAGCUUCACCUCCUUCCACACAACCCCGUCCCUCCCAGCCUCCAACGCACCCAACACACCUCUACAAACUUUAUCAACAUCUCUCCCGCGCGCACCAGCGGCAGGGACGUACUUUUGUCUCACGGAUUUCCCACCACGGUAUAAGGCGCCUAUGCACCGGACUCUCAGUGUUGACUAUGCGUGCGUGCUGGCUGGGGAGAUUGUGCUUAGGCUGGAUGGCGGGGAAGAGAAGGUUGUUAGGGCGGGGGAGGUUAUUGUGCAGGGAGGGGUGAAUCACGAGUGGGUUAAUGCUUCGGAUGGGUUUACAAGGGUUUUGUUUGUCAUGGUUGGGUCUGAGACUGUGGUUCUUGAUGAUGGGCGAAGGUUGGAGGAGACCGUUUUCAAGAAAUGA